AUGGGCUUGCAUGAAUAUGAACCGGGUGUUACAUACAGAAGACAACGCUCACCAAGCAACUUAUGUACAACAGACUCAAAUAGAAUAAAUCGUCAAGUAACGGAUUCGAGAAGACCACAUGAUUAUAUAAAGCCAGCAACAUUUGAUGGUACGGGUUCUUGGGUGGACUACAAGUCCCAUUUUGAGGCCUGUAGUUCUUUGAAUCAGUGGACAGAUAGCGAGAAAGGUUUAUAUCUAAGUGUGUCUCUCAGAGGACAGGCUAUGAGUGUUUUAGGUAACUUACCAAAGCAAUUGACCAGGAGUUACGAGGAAAUAGUAGUGGCUCUGGAAGACCGUUUUGCUCCGGCAAAUCAGACAGAAUUGUAUAGGGUACAACUUAGAGAACGCAGACAAAAAGCCACUGAAUCACUUCCAGAGUUGGGUCAAUCUAUACGGAGAUUGACUCAUUUGGCCUAUCCUACGGCUCCAAAUGACGUUAGAGAAACACUAGCUAAGGAACAGUUCAUAGAUGCCCGCAUUGAUAUGGACAUGAGGCUUAGAAUAAAACAAGCUAGACCACGCAGUCUCAACGACGCUACAAGACAUGCAGUUGAAUUAGAGGCUUUUGUGCGGUCAGAUAAACAGCGCAUGGAGAGCCAAACACAUCUGCGACAUAUGGUGUCUGACGAACCUGUCCAGCAAAACAAAACAUCGGUUAAAAGAGAGGAUGAGUUGUUUCGGAUGAUAUCAAACAUGCAGAAAACGAUUGACGAAUUACGCUCAAAAGUAAAGGAUUUGAAAGUGAACUAUGUGCACCCCAGUAAUAAUUCAGCCAGAGACGACAGAAGAGGGCAACAUAAACUUAUGAACAAAACAUUUAAAUGCUAUAAGUGUGGUACUGAGGGACAUUUAAGCAGAAAUUGUCCCCGCAAUCAUAAGAGGAGAAACAACACAAAAGGUCCACAAGUAUCAAACUCUCCUCAAACGAGUGGUGUAGGUUCAAAACCACCAGGAUCCAUUGGGGUUAACAAGCACCCUAAUGAGGCUGGAAUGUUUGUGGAAGCGCAUGUCUCAGAUAUAAAAUCAAAACUUCUGGUAGAUACUGGUGCUACUGUCACAGUGUUAUCUAAAGCAGUGUUUGAUACUUUGCAAGGCAUUACAAUCAAUGAGACUACAGACGUGGUUCAGGAUAUAUUGUCUGCGGGUGGGACACCUUUGAAGACGUAUGGCAAAAUAACAAUUACAGUUAGUAUUGGAAAUUUAAGUUUCCACCAACCUAUGGUAAUAGCUGACAUAACAGCUGACGGUAGUUUAGGUUUAGACUUUUUACAUGGCAAUGAAUGCAUUGUGGAUGUGAAGCGCAAAAUUUUGAGAUGCAAUCAGGGUGAAUUCCCGUUUGUUUUUAACAGCAUGUUUGGCUGUUACAGAAUUGUUGCUUCUGAAUCAUUUUGCUUGCCUCCAAGAAGUAAAGUAGUGACUUCUUGUGAUGUGAUUAUCCCCCCUGGAGAACAUUUCACUCCUGGGAUAAGUCUUGUAGAACCCUCUGAUAGUUUUAUCAAGUCAGCGAGGACGUGUCGGAAGAACGUUGGUACAGAAUAA